AUGCAGAGACUGAACUACCAAUCUUUGGUUGAAAAGACUGAUAAGAAUAAGUGUGUUUUGAGACACAUUCCUUUAGGAUUUAUUGGUUUCAACAAGCCCCCAAUAGAAGGUGACCGAUUACCCCCAGCGUCCAUCACAGUUUCCAUUAAAACCAGUUUGAUCACUUUAUUGUUACUCUACGACACAGAGAAAGAAUCUGUGGGACAAAUACAUGAGCGUCUUGCUGCGGAUGUAGUCUGGAAAUUUACCGUUGCAAAACAGAGACAUAUUGUAUUUCUCGGGCUGGAUCAGGCUGAACUGCGUGUGCAUUAUUUUCCAUGUCUCAUUGUCACAGAUGUUGAAGAUUUCAAGUCCGUCGUGUCGACUCUGAGCGAACACAGCAGACUGGAGAACAUGCUCUCUCUGAAUCACGCUGCUGAUGAACAAACAGGCCAGAAAAUGAACGAAGUGCAUCAGGAACCAGACCUGCUGGCCCUCAAGUUUCUUUAUAGCAACACAGAUGCACCCAAAGACACCACAGAGCCCGUCAGCAGCUCUUCUUCUGGCACAAGCAUGACUCCGCUCCCGGCGUAUCUCUCGGCGUUAGCUGCUAAACCGCGAGCUGCCCCGCGGGGCCCCGGCGCUAUAGAGCAGAUGAGAGCGGAGCUCCGAGAGCUACGAGAUGACCUGGACACGCUGAAGACUCAGCACAAAAACGAGAUCAAACUGCUCCUGAACGAACUGGAUGAAGAAAAGAAGAUGCGUUUGUCACUGCAAAUUGAAGUGGAACGUCUUAAGAAGCACAUGUCCAAGUGAGCCAGCUCUGAUGAAGCCGUCAGACGUCACAGAUACAGACACAGACACGGAGUCUCGGCCAAACUCAAGUGUGCAAUGAAGAACUUACAAAGACUGAGGAAGAACUUUGUAUCAGAACUCCGUGAACAUAUUACUGUAUAAAACACGUUUUGGGUUUGAAACCAUGCACGAUGACUGGAAAGAGAGAGCAACCUAUA